ACGCAUGGGCGGACUUAGAGCCAAUGUAACGGGGUCACCUACCCCCGGCUAAAUUUUAAUUUUCCUAUAGUAAUAUGUAUAAGUAUAAAAGUCCUCCCAUCUAGAGAGUUAGAUGUAAUGUAAAAUUGUCACUUGCCCCCAUCUUAGUUAGUCCUAGAUCCGCUCAUGAUAGCACCUAACUUGAAACGAAACAGCGAGUAAAAAACAUUUCAGUUGUGCUCCUAUCAGAUUAGAUGUCAUGGUUUAUAGUAUUCCCAUUAUUGUUUCAGUUUUGACAAGUUUUUUUUUCUUUUUCUCGUAUCAACGGUCUUCACAAGUUUAAACUACUCUUUUUAUAUAAAAUAAACUAGAGAAUUAUUUACAACAAAUAGUCUUAAAUACGGUUGUGGGGAGCUGCCUCUCACACACAGGCCCGACCCGGAUAUGGACUGGAAGCAAAAAUAAAAAUUUGGACUUGUUUUUUAAUGAAAAUUAAAAUUGUGGCCGCCUAGAUUCAAACUCAGAACCUCAAACUAUUAACGUAAACCAACCGUUCUAAUGAAGAAUACAAUCAAAUAAAGGCCGAAAUUUUAUCUAUUCUAAACAGGGCCGGAAGCACGUGCAUCUUCCGCCUUUGCCGAGGGCUGGUACUGCUCACACACAUGUGUUUGUGAUACAUGUCAUCAUUCAUGACCAGUAGGUGAAGCUAUAUGUUGUUUGUGGGAGGGGCAACUACCCACCAUGAAUUUUUAAAACUAAUGUAAAGUGAAGUGGGAGACAAUGCUUGUUCGAAUCACAAUGACACGGAAAUUUCAGGUUCCCUAUUUAUUUUUAGUAAUAUACUAUACAAAACUCAAUGGAAUUUUUUUGGGUUUGAGUAAUUUGCAAAACAUUUUGAUGUAAGGCUGAAGAGAUUUCAUAAAAAAAACAAUAAUAUCCGUGGAAUACUGGAAAUAUGAAGGUGAAUGUGGAAAAAUUUAAAAGAAAUGACAAGUGAAUGUAUUAAAAUAAAUUUAUGAACUCUUUGUAAAACCGGUAGAUAUUGUUUCCUAAUUUAAGUAAAAUCUGAAAAAGGUAAAAGAAUCCCUCCUCCAAGAGAACGACUGGCAGGAGGAAGAGGAGUCCAUGCAGAGAAAGUACUAUCAAAUGGCAAAAAAGGUUUCUGUAGACCUUAUAAAUAAUCAAAAACAAUCUGAGACAAGUUCUUGAUUUUUUUUUCUCUUUUCAAGAACGCCACAUUUCUUGCUUUCUUCUUCUUCUUUGACGAGGCUGCUUACGAUUCCGAUGAUCAUUAUGAUUAUACUGAUGUCCAUGUCCUCGCUUUGAUACAUCAUUUGAUUGUGUUCAUUUUCUUUCUCGUAUUGAUUUUUUAUUCAAUUUCCUCUGUUUUCUCUAUGAUCUAAAAAUCCUCUGUUUUGGUCAAAUCCUCUGUUUUCUGAUAUGAGCUGUGCGAGCUCGAAGCACCGUAAACGUUGCCUCCACUGCCGGCAAGGAUAUUCACCGGUAGAGAUAUCACCUAGACCCUCCGUGCAACACCCACCGCAACAUUCCGACGACAUGGUGGCUCUCAGCUCCUCCACCCUCGGAUCCCUCAAGCUCUGCUACUCCUCUUUCGGACAUAGCCGCAUACACUUGGCAGAUUUCACCGGUAACCUUGCCACCGACCAAUCCGGAGAAAACCGACAAGAAGAUGGGUUUGGUCAGAAAGAAGACAGAGACAAGGAAAUGCAAGCUAAGCUUAUGGAAGCUAAAGUAUGGUCAAGUAUGAUGAACGACAAGAUCCCCAAGAUCGUCCCCAAAACUCCAAUCUUGACGCCUCCUGGAGAGCCAGAAACGAUCAACACGUGGGAGAUGAUGGACGGGCUUGAAGAUUCCAUUAGCCCUCUUCGGUCACCUAGUCACGUUAGGAGCUUAUCGUUUGAUGGUGGUUGUAAAUGUCCCAAGGGGAAUGGUAAUGUGAUACUCUACUUCACAAGCCUUAGAGGUAUAAGGAAGACAUAUGAAGAUAGCUGUGAUGUCAGGGUUAUACUAAAAAGCAUUGGGGUUAGGGUGGAUGAGCGUGACGUAUCGAUGCAUUCGAGUUUCAAAGACGAGCUCAAGGAGUUAUUACUAGAGGGUAAAUUCAAUAAUGACGUGGGGAUCACCUUACCUAGAGUUUUCUUGGGGGGGAAGUAUUUUGGGGGAGCAGAGGAGAUUCGAAAGUUGAAUGAAGAUGGGAAGCUUGAGAAGAUUCUAGAAGGUUGCGAGAGGGUUGAAGAGAAUAAAAAUGGUAAUGGGCAAGAAUGUGAGGCUUGUGGAGAUAUAAGGUUUGUGCCAUGUGAGACAUGUUCGGGGAGCUGCAAAGUGUACAAUGAAGAUGAUGAAAGUGAAAAGGAAGAUAGAGAUUAUGGUUUCCAAACGUGUCCUGACUGUAAUGAGAAUGGACUCGUUAGAUGUCCUCUUUGUUGUGAUUAGCUGUUUGAACACACACACACACACAGAGAAAGAGAAGCUUGCUCUUCGUUUUGUUUGUUUUAACUUAAGUUUGUGUGUUGAGUGUUUUAGGGUUUUCUUGCCUCUAGAGAUUUUAUUGUACAUAUAUAAAGAGGUUUUUGAUUGUGAUAAAGGUAUUAAUUCCAAUGAAAUUAAUUGAUAUUAAGAAGUGUGUCGCUGUAUAUUCUUUAAAAUUACACUCAUGCUUUACAUUUUGUUAGAUUUGAGUAGUUUAAAGUUUAAGAUCUUAAAUUAAAGGUUUAGUUUUUUUAAUAAGUCGGUCCAUAUAAAAUCCAACAUAUUAUAACCAAAUAAAAUGUUAUAUAAUUGAAAUCAGUUAAUGGCAAUAAAUGGCAUUAUUACUAUUUUCUUUAUUUUUACCCUACUACCAUUUAACGUAACCCACUCUAUAUAUUGUAUUAAAGAAAAUCUUAUGAAUUUCUCGUCAAAGUAAUAAUUCUUCAUGGACAUUUCUAACAUUGCAUGGGCGCUCCGCGUAACUGUUCCGUCCCGAUUUAUGCUAAAUCGGUUAAAAAAAUCGGAUAUCCGAGUUUUU